AUGUUGCUCUAAGAUGGCUACAAAAAUUGAUACAAAGCACAACACCAAAACAGCAACGCCUCAGCCCUGAUUCAGUCCUAACGAAAAGAUCAAUGAGUCAACCAUUGAUCGAUGCUUCAUUGCGAAUCCUGUCAUGAAGCAAAUCUUCCUAACGCAAGAUAAAACUAGAACCUGCCAUCGCAGAAGACACCAAACUUUCGAGCAACGAUAUUGGAUUUUGAUGAUUGUUUGGCAAAUUAAUGACUACAGGAAAUUCCGAACACAGAGCAGCAAUACACUUCAGCAAGAAACGAUAACGAGGCCAAUCAGUAGUUACGAAAAGUCGGUCGAAUAUACGUACAUAAAAAUUGUCGUAAAGGAAAAUGUUUUUCCAUAACCUUUUAUAAUUUAAUAUUAAUGUACACUUUUCAUUUGCGUCACGCCCGAAAUUUUAAGAAAAUAUAUAAAAUGACGAAGAAAACAAAGAUCAUAUCUUUCUUGCAAAACUCUCCACUUCUCCUAGAGACAUUGGUCUUAUAGCUAUGCAUAACUUUCUGGUCCAAUUAUCAUUUCCCCAUGAACACAUUUCUUGAUAUCUAAGCAACUUCUGUCUUCUUCUCUUCAUGCUCCAAGGCUCUCUCACACACAAUUUCUAUAAAUCUCUCUUACUCUCUUCAUUCUCUUUUGGUAGAUUUAUUUCAUAAUCACAAUAGUACUAAAUUAUGGAUGAUGAAGAAAGCAACAACGUAGAAAGAUUCGAUGACGUCGUUUUGCCAGGGUUUAGGUUUCAUCCCACAGACGAAGAACUCGUAAGUUUCUACCUGAAACGGAAGGUUCUACACAGAUCUCUUCCCUUUGAACUCAUCAAAAAAGUCGAUAUCUAUAAAUACGAUCCGUGGGACCUCCCAAAGCUUGCAGCGAUGGGGGAGAAAGAGUGGUACUUUUACUGUCCAAGAGACAGGAAAUAUCGAAACAGCACGAGGCCUAACCGUGUAACUGGAGGUGGAUUCUGGAAAGCAACCGGAACAGACCGGCCUAUAUACUCAUUGGACUCCACUCGAUGCAUUGGUUUGAAGAAGUCGCUUGUGUUCUACCGUGGUCGAGCUGCUAAAGGAUCCAAAACCGAUUGGAUGAUGCACGAAUUUCGCCUCCCUUCUCUCUCUGACUCUCAUCGCUCAUCGUCGUAUCCCAGUUACAAUAACAAGAAGCAACACCAUAACAUCAACAAUAAAGAGAUUCCUUCAAGCGAUGCUUGGGCUAUUUGCAGAAUAUUUAAGAAGACGAACUCAGUAUCAUCACAAAGAUCAGUCCCACAAUCAUGGCUUCAUCCGGCAAUACCUGAAACCAGCCAAUACAACUCAGUGCCACAAACCACAACUCUUUUUGCUUCAACAGACGUUUUCAGCAACAUACCAACAAGACAAAACCUUAUCUCUUCUCCAGUAGACGAACCCGCAAGCUUCACAGAGUCGGCUGCUGCUUAUUUUGCUUCUCAGAUGCUCGGAGUUCCGUACAACAUAGCUAGAAACAACGGAACAGGGGAUGCUAUGUUUCUGAGAAACAGUGAAACAGAGAAUGUUCUGUUUCCUAGCAACAAUGAGGAUAACUACUUUCACAACUUGGCCGGAGGAUUGACUCACGAGCUUCCGAAUGUAAGAUCAAUGGUCGAGACUGGUUUUGAGACGACCGCUAGUGAGAUGUCGGCGACGUAUUCCCCUCCUAACACUUAAGUUGUACCAUUACCACUUAGCUAGUGUAGGACAUCGCUGAUAUGUGUUAGUUUUUAAUUACCUUUUUAAUGUUACUUUAGUUUUUGUUUCUUGGAGACCAAAAAGAAAGAAAAAAAACUAAGACUUGCUUU